CGUCUCCUCAACACCAGCCUGACCCUCGGUCUACCCUCGCUCACCAUGGCCACAGUCGUAACCAUCACGGUGCCAAAGACGGGCAGGCAGAUCAAACUUCCCACCGGCUUGUUUAUCAACAAUCAGUUCGUGGCCUCUGUUGACUCGAAGGAAACUAUAGAGUGUAUCAAUCCCGCGACGGAGAAGCCCAUCUGCUCUGUUGUCGCAGGCUCCGCAAAGGACAUCGAUGUCGCGGUCGCGGCAGCACGCGAAGCCUUCAACACGACAUGGGGCAAGAACGUGACGGGUUUCGAGCGUUCUCGUCUCCUGAACAAGCUGGCAGAUCUGAUGGAGAGGGAUGCGCAGGAAUUAGCGGAGCUCGAGGCGUUGAACAACGGCAAGCCUGUCCGAGUCGCAAGAGACUUUGAUGUCGGAGACAGUGUCGGCUGUCUCCGCUACUACGCGGGUUGGGCGGACAAGAUCGUUGGGCAGACGAUUGAGAUUGACAACAAGACCAAAUUUGCAUAUACGAAGCACGAGCCCAUCGGAGUGUGCGGCCAAAUCAUCCCAUGGAAUUACCCUAUCAUGAUGUGGGCCUGGAAGGUUGCGCCCGCACUGGCGUGCGGCUGUACUAUCGUCAUGAAGCCUAGCGAAUAUACACCCCUAACAGUUCUCAAAUUGUCCGAACUCAUUGUCGAGGCCGGCUUCCCUCCGGGCGUCAUCAACACUAUCCCCUCGCUGGGCUCCGUCGGUGGUGCCGCACUUACAGCGCACAAGGGUGUCGACAAGAUCGCGUUCACCGGCAGCACCAUCACCGGCCGCAAGAUCAUGGCUGCCGCGGCAGAGAGCAACCUCAAAAAGGUGUCCCUGGAGCUCGGCGGGAAGUCCCCCCAGUUGAUCUUCGAGAGUGCCAACCUGGACCAGGCGGCGAACUGGGCUGCGCUUGGCAUCCUGUACAACACCGGCCAAGACUGCACCGCGGGCUCGCGUGUGUACGUCCAAGACACGGUCUACGACAAGUUCAUCCAGAUCCUCGUGAUUAAGGCCAAGCAGCUUGUCAUCGGCGAUGGGUUUGACGAAGCGACCGGUGGGGGCCCCGUAGUCUCGAAGGUCCAAUACGACAAGAUCUGGUCGUAUAUCGAGGCAGGAAAGCAACAGGGUGCCCAAUGUAUACUAGGCGGCGAGAAGCGGUCAGGGAAAGGCUACUAUGUUGAUCCGACUAUCUUUACGAACAUCACUCCGGACAUGAAAAUCGUUCAGGAAGAAAUCUUCGGGCCUGUGCUGUCGGUUGGCAGGUUCAGCACCGAAGAUGAAGGCAUCAAGCUCGCGAACAGCACCACUUACGGCUUGGGUGCGGGCCUGCACUCCAAUGAUGCCAAUCAAUGCAUGCGAGUUUCUAAUGCCCUCGAAGCAGGCACGGUCUGGGUGAACCAGUACAACCUCCUCUACAACAAUGUGCCCUUCGGCGGGAAGAAGCAGAGCGGCAUCGGCCGCGAAUUGGGGAGCAACGCCCUGGAAGAAUACACAUCAGUCAAGGCUGUCCAGUGGAACUACGGAGAGAAGCUCGACUGGCCGUUGUAAUUCCUGAUUUCCGCCGCCAGGUCCUCGUCCGGGCACGCCGAAGCAUCAGGUCAGAGCGUAAACGAAGCAUGUCGACAUCCAAGUGUAACAGUAGCACGAAUACCGCCGUCCGAAUGCCAAUAUGUGUAGUUGUACCGCCGUGUAUCACUGCCGUCGUCUGCUCAUCUGAGUUGAAGUAAGGUUACGUCCGCGACCACGUUCCACGUACAGAACUGCGGUGAGGCUGGAGUCUUAGCCUAAUGCUGUGGCAGCGCGCUAGUGAG